CACAAUCGCACAGUGCGAACCACCGCUAACCACUACCCGAGAACAGUCCCAAAAUGUCGUUUCAAAGCUACGUUGAUGAGUACUUGAUGGACGACAUCGAUGGCCAAGGCCAGCACCUUGCUUCCGCCGCCAUCAUCGGUCACGACGGUCGCGUCUGGGCUCAAAGCGCCAACUUCCCUCAGGUCAAGCCAAACGAGAUCGCUGAUAUCAUUAAGGAUUUUGACGAACCAGGCUACCUUGCCCCUACAGGCCUACACAUUGCGGGCGUUAAGUACAUGGUGAUCCAGGGAGAGCCGGGUGCUGUCAUUCGUGGAAAGAAGGGAUCUGGAGGCAUCACUAUUCAGAAGACUUGUCAAGCUCUUGUUUUUGGAAUCUAUGAAGAACCUGUGACUCCAGGACAGUGCAACAUGGUUGUAGAGAGGUUCGGCAAUUAUCUUAUUGACCAGGGCCUGUAGAUCUGUCAUGAUACUUCAUAGCAUUUCUUUUUGGGGAACAAUUAAUCUCUGUUCCUGUUUGGGGUUUUUUUUCUUUCUUUUUUUAUCUUGGGGGUCCUGGACUCCUGGGUCUGCAUCUUCUUUCUUUGAAAGCCGUUAAUUGGCUAUUGAAGAUACUGACAAUAACAUGUGAGAACUGAAGAUCAUUCGAUUUGCAUUUUUUUUUAUUACUUUUUUUUUUUUUAAUUUUGGGAUUUUGAGUUUACAUUAUGGGUUACAUUGUAUUCUGUAUUCUUUCUGCAGUUUUGUUGCUGCCUUCUGUUGUGAUUUAUAAAUGCUCUUUGAAUCU